GACGAUGCAAAGAUCGGCGCAAGCAAAGCCCUCCGGAUCCUGGACAAGAUGCAGGACCGGUGUUGGUGCGUCACUGGCGCAGACCAUGGAGAGCUUUGUAUCCAGAAAGAUUCGGUUUAUGGCGCAGCUGUUGUCUUGCCACAAGUUGCACGAAGUUGUGAGUGGCCUGGAACGCUGAUCGCAGCAGUCAGCCGCACCUAUUUCUAUACCUUCCUGAAUUUCGCGCUGCAGGCUUUCCUGCUCAGCAUGAUUGCCGAAGAGCAGCAUUUCUGGUACCCUUUCGCUGGGCAAAUGCACCUGUGCAAUUACGGUGCAUCUAUGCAGGACUGUCCUGGUGCUCCAAACUGCGUGGGGCCUGGAGGAACGGCACUGUCCUACCCCAGGCUUUACGACUAUGACAUUUGGAGCACAAGAACUUUCCUGAAGCAGAGCAUGCAGGCUGUCCUCCACCUCGCUCCGGAGAGCAUCGACCAUGUGGACGCCGGAGAGUACGGGAUGGAAAAUUUCAACUGCCGCUGCCUGUGCAUUUUCCUUUUCAUGCUCGCUGUCGUGGAUGACCUCGAAGACAACAUCAACUUGACCAGGACUUUGGCGAUGGUUCCAACGAGCAAUGCGAGUUGGAUCGUCUUUGACGUUCCCGAUUGGGGUAGCAAGGAGGAUGUGAAGGCAAUGCACGACUCGGAGGAGAAGGAUUUCAUUCACUACGAAGUCUCAGGAAUGCCGCUACAUUGGAAGUUGUUCAACGCGUGCUUUAUCCUCUUGCCCAAGAUCCUACUUUGGCUCGCAUUGGUCCGCUCCGGUGUUCACUAUCUGAUGGAGACUGCCGGGAUCGUUGAUGUGGUGGUCAACGCGAUGGCUUUAACCUUUGUCUUGCAAGUGGAUGAGAUUGUUUUCCAGAGGUUAUGCUCAACAGUGACCAAAGACAUCAUGUCGAAGCUGGAGCCAAGAGCCAUGUAUGACUUGGACGAGGUCGACAAGGAAAGCGAUGCAGAAGCACUGGCCUACUUCAACGAGGUGGAGCUGAGGAGAGGUUGGAAAAGUGUCCUUUUCCAGAUCUUCCCGAUGAGGAUGUUUAUCAUCAUACUCUGCCAAUGCUUGUUCCUGUUGGACUAUUAUAUGUCCAACUGUGAAAAGCUCAAGGAUGGCAGCUGGGUUUCCAAGGAUAUGCACCUGCCCGUGGACAUGACCUACAGUCCGCUAUCUUUGAUGUUCGGAAUGCUUAGAGAGCAAGACACAGCUUUUUGGACGAUGCCGAAGUCGUGA